GUACUCGUUUCCGUUGAUAGGAAAUUAAAUUUAUGAGAUUGGUAAAAAAUUAACGAAAUCUUUCGAAAACCGAAGAAAUCCGAAGGCCCCCUGGAAUUUCGAUGGCCCCAUAUCUUAUCCGGCGAAUGGGAACCUGUGAAAACCAAGUUAAAAUUGGUGCCAUGUCGUGCGGAUAAGCCGGUGGAGCUUAUCGGUGGUAACCACUUGUUUUCUCAAUAAUAGUUAUGACCAUCUGGACGUUUGGGUAGUUUGUGCCUGACGGCCUUAACGUACACACCAGUCCCUCCACCGAUCAUCGCCAAAAGUUAAGCAGACAUGGUUGCAUUGAGUUCCACCAACGACCGCGGGAAGGACAAGACCCCCGAAAACAUCCUGGAUGACAAGCGGAUUUUCCCCGAGUUCCGAGGUGGACCUUUGGACGAGUACCGCCAAAGGGCGAGCUUCUGCUACAAGCGCAUGAACGUUCUGCUGGAGGGAGAGGAGCAUAUCCGUCUAAAGCACAAAGUAUGGCAGUGGAUGGAGCGCCACCCCGACUACCAGCGGGAGCCGGAGGCGCCCAGCCUGGAACGCACCCGGGAGCUGGCCAACAAGCGGCAGCACCUCCUGUGGGAACAACAGUUCUAUGGCGUUAAUGAGUACAUAAACAGUCCGUAUUUGCUGCUGGCCUUUGGGCAGGCCAUCUUCAGCUACGACUUCAGCACGUCGGUGAAGUUUGGACUGUCCACUGGCAUGUUCCCCAGCACACUGGUGUCCAACGGAUCGGGACGACUGGGCAAGUAUGUGGCCAAGGUAGCCGACAACCGGAUCCUGGGCGCCUAUGCUCUCACUGAGAUUUCCCACGGCACCAACGCCCUCGGCAUGCGCACCCGUGCCACCUAUGACCUGAAAAGGCAGGAGUUUAUCCUUCACACUCCGGACUUUGAGGCAGCCAAGUGCUGGGUGGGAAAUCUGGGCAAGACCUGCACUCAUGCUAUUGUCUACGCCCAGCUGUACGUUCCGGAUGAAAAGCACCAGGGCCUGCAGGCGUUCUUGGUGCCCAUCCGCGACGAGCGUACGCUGCUCCCCUUCCCCGGAGUCACUGUCGGUGAUUUGGGUGAGAAGAUUGGCCUCAACGGCAUCGACAACGGAUUUGUCAUGUUCAACCAGUACCGCAUUCCGAAGGCGAACCUGCUUUCCAAGACUGGCGAUAUCGACGACCAGGGCAACUACACCAGCCAAAUCAAGGACGAGCGCAAGAGACUGGGCGCCUCUUUGGGAGCCCUUUCUGUGGGUCGCGUCAACAUCACCGCCAUCACCUACGUGGCACUGAGCAAGGCGGUUACCAUUGCCACUCGGUACGCUGCCAGUCGCCGGCAGUUCGGUCCACCCAACAGCCCGGCUGAGUGGCCGGUGAUCGAGUACCAGUCGCAGCAGUACCGGCUUAUCCCCCAUCUCGCCACAACGAUCGCCCUCCGCGUGGCCACUCUCUGGAUUGGCAAGAAAAACAUGGACCUGUCCAUGAAGAGCCUCACCGGCGAGGACACCUCGCAGGCGGGCAUGGAGAUUCACGCCAUCUCCUCGGCUCUGAAGCCAGUAGCCACCUGGGCUGCCCGAGACGGAAUCCAGGAAUGUCGCGAAGCGUGUGGUGGUCAUGGAUACCUUAGGGCUUCUGGCUUGGGCGACCUGCGUAACGACAACGACGCAAACUGCACCUACGAGGGCGAAAACAAUACUCUGAUCCAGCAGGCCUCCAACUGGCUGGUUAAUCUCCGUCGCAACAACGCCAACUUUGAGGCAGUGUCUCCCUUGGAGACAGUUGCUUUCCUAAAGGACAUUGACAAGAUUCUGACCCAAAAGGGUCUGGAGCGUACUCCAGAGGAUGCUUUGAAUCCGCAGAAUCUUUUGAAGGCUCUGAAUUGGCUGACCUCUUGGCAGUUGGAGACCACCGUGAAGCGGGUGGAGCAGCUGCAACGCGAGGGCAAAGAUGCAUUUGAAACGCGUAACAAUAUCCAAGUCUUUGCUGCCCAGAAGCUGUCCAUAAUCUACGGAGAGCGCACUAUCUACUACGAGUUCUACAAGUUUGUGGUUGGCCUGCCCGAUUCGGCCGAGAAGAAGGUUCUGCAACAGGUGCUUUCGUUCUACGGGGCACAUUUGGUCACAAAGUACGCUGGCAUCUUCUACCAAGGCGGCUACUUCCAAGACAGUUCCCAAAUCCAAUUGUUCGAGCAGGGAAUUCUGAAGCUGCUGCCUGUGCUGAAGGAUGAGGCCAUCGCCCUUGUGGAUGCUAUAGCGCCCACCGACUUUAUUCUUAACUCGCCCCUCGGCAUGAGCGAUGGCAAUGUUUACCAACAUCUGCAGCGGACUAUCGUCUCUACUCCUGGAGUCUAUGAGCGUCCUCAUUGGUGGCGUGACGUUACUUACAAGCCCUAUCUUCAGCGAGCCAAGCUAUAAAGGGAGAGCUUUGUCUUUUCCAAGGGACUCACACGUGCAAUUUUACUAAAUUAUAAGAUUUUAAACAAUUAUAGUAAUAUUUUUCCUUAAAAAUAGAGAAUAGUGAAUUCGUAGAAUCACUCGACUUA